CCCACAUUUAUCUGUCUCACUUUCUCUCUCUAAAACUGCUACUUUUCUUGAAGGAAAAAUGAAGGUGACACACCCACAAUCAUCAAGUGUUGUAAUGGAAAGAACCACCGGAGUUACGACAGUCUCAGCGGCGGCGUCAAAGAUGGAGACGGUUUACGAGAGGGUGCACCACCUGGCCAAUGGUAACGCAGUGGUGUUGUUUUCAGUGAGCGGCUGCUGCAUGGGCCAUGUAGCGAAGCAGCUUCUUCUUGGCCUGGGCGUCGGCCCUACGGUGGUGGAACUGGACAGAGAAACGGCGGGACUGGAGAUUCAUGCCUUACUCUACCGCCUUGCGGCGGGGAACGACCAGCAGCAGCCGAUUCCGGCCAUCUUCGUUGGUGGGAAGUUUCUUGGAGGAAUUGAAACCCUCAUUGCUUGCCAUAUCAAUGGCACCCUUGUUCCUCUUCUCAAGGACGCUGGUGCUCUUUGGCUUUAAAAUCAUGGAUAUGGGAUGAUUAUAUGCAUGGUGAUCAGGCAUAUUAAUUGGAAGUCAUCUAACUUUAGUUGAUAACACUAAUAAUACUUAUAUGAAAUGUAUGAGAAUAUAUUAGUAAUUCUAGAGAAACAUGUCGAUUAGAAGUUAAAUACAUAAGUUUAUGUAAGGUAAACUUUGAGUUUAUUGUAUGAAGGAAACUUGCUUUAA